AUGCAGCCAAUCCAAUUCACUCCAUGUGAUAUCAAGAAAUGGCUGAAAGCAUUGAAUACGGUGAAAGCUAUGGGCCCAGACAAAAUCCUGGUGAUAGUCCUGAAGACUUGUGGCCCAGAACUUGCUGCACCACUAGCCAAGCUGUUCCAGUAUAGCAACAACACCAGCAUCUACCUGGCAAUUUGGAAAAUUGCCCCAGGCAGCCACCGGGAAAACUACUUGGUGGCAGAUGAUUUACUGGUAGAUUAUUUCAACGUAUUCCUCAGUCUGCUGAGCUUUCCAAAGCAAAUUUGGUAUAACCAAGAAAGACAGUUAUUUGAAAUUAUUGACAGCGCCAAGAAAAAUCUUUUGAAACAGCUGAAAGGUUUGGUGCAGGCUUACAUGCCUAUUGACCCGAUCUACAAUGUGACAGUCAAAUCAAAACAACAAUAUCCUAAAUUUGAACAAAAUAUCACUGCUCAGCACUGGAAAUUUGAUGACAAGUUCACUGUGGAGUGCUUGGAUCGGGAGCAGGGUAUUACAUGGAUUAUAAAUGAAAGACUUCCAGCAUUUCUGAAGAGUGACAAUUAUUUUGAGUACAGACUUGCAAAGCUGCUGUCUCAGUUGGAAUGCAAAAAUGGCCCUCUGAUGGUCCCACAGCACUUUGAAGUAAAAGAAACACCUGCACCUAAAAUUGUAGACAAGGCUGAAGAUAUGAAAAAGUUACGUAUUUUCUUCGGAGAGUUCAUCACCCCUAAUGCCGACAGCAGCUCAUCAGAGUGCUCUGACCUGGUCCAGGCUUUCAAUUUGUCUCCAGAGAGCCUGUUGACAGUAAAGGAUAAUGGAAAGGGUCAACAUUUUGCAGGCAACUUGAUUGAGGAAAUUACAGAAUCUGAUUCUUCAAGUGAAGGUGACGGAGACUUCUACACAACACCAAGUUAUCGCUAUAAUUUCAAGAACAGAAAGGGUAUUGAAAAAUUCAGGAAGUUCAUUCUGGGAACAGCUGGUGAGAAAUACUGGUGGUUGUGGAUAGAUGUUGAACGACUAAAGGCUAUAGAAGAUGGCAAAAAGAGACAGAGAUAUCUGAACAUAAUACAGAAUCGGUAUUUGUUUAGCAAUGGUGAAUACUACAUAAGUGCAGAGGCACGAGCAAGGCUGGGAUUGUCAUUCACAUCACAAUGGACAAUGGAAAAAUUAUGUCAGAUUCAGAAAGAGAUUGUAGAACCUCUACUUUUAUACUGGGGUCCAAGGUAUUGCAUGAACCAAGAAUAUCCCAUAAGAGAAGCUGGUGUUGUGGUGAAAGAUUGUGAGCAUCACCAGUUGAGAUCUAAAUGUAAUGUAGGCCCCUUUCCUAAGACUGCUGACAUAUGCCUGUUUGAUACCAAGCUGGACCACAGUCAAAAACCAGAGAAAGACUCAGUGAAGGAAAAGAAACAAAAAGAAGCUAGUUUUCUGACUCAACCCAAAGUUAUGCAGCGUGGGAAGUUAUUGAACAAUGGCCCCGAUGUCCAGAAAGAGAGUUUGGACAAACUUCUCAUCUCAAUGAACAGUUUUAGGUCUGAAGUCUCAAAAUCUUUUGAGGAUCUAGAAUUACAUAGAUCAAAGCCAGUUCGCAAUUUGGAGAAGUUAAUGCAGAUCACGAAGUUCCAAGAGGCUCUGAGCAGUUAUAAAAUGGAUGACUUACUGCAGGCCCUCCAAUACGAAAGUAGAACUGGAUACAUCUUCACACGUUUUUGUGAACAAACAGGAAAUCCGUUAUGGAGAAAUGCUAUAAACCUGUGGAAAGACCUGAGGGAAUAUCAGCAACUUUUCUAUGCAGAAAUUUUCCAACCUUUCAAACUCAAGAGACAAGCUCAGUACAUUUUUGCAACAUAUAUUGUUGAUGGGUCUUUAUCAGAUGUUGGAUUAAAUGCAGAGAAUAGGAAAAGCAUCUAUAAACAAUUGGAGCCACCUUUUGAAGACUUGUUUGAUCAAAUAGAGGAACACACUCUUAUCUCGCUUCUGGUACCGUGGAUUCACAUGAUUGAAAUAGACAUGUCAAGAUUCAGAAAGGUGAACGUUGUAAGAGAGACUCGACAUUUGGAUACAACAUACUACAAGCAACUUCAAAAACUGCAAAAUAAGAUUUGGCCAAAUAAAGAAAUUAUUCUUCCUGAUCAUUCACCCAGUUAUGUACAAAUCCACGAUGAAUCUAGAAGUAAAAACUACUGGCAGAAAGUUCCUGAAAAAUUCCGCAAUUACACAUUGGAUUCAAUCAUUGACAAUCGGUUAGAAAUUCGGAAUUUCCAGGAUUUCCUCGGAAAACAUUUUGCAGGUGUGGAUCUUAAUUGCUGGUUGGAUAUUCAGCAUUUUAGAAAAAUACCACACAAUGCAGAAGAAGAGAGGAAUAACAAAUCCAGAGAGAUAAAGAACAAAUAUUUGAAUCGAAAGUAUUUCUUCGGACCCAGCAGCCCGGCUACAAAAGCACAACAGAAUGAAAUAAUGAUGUUAGCUGGAGGAUGGGGCAAAUUGCUCCAUGAACAAUUGUCUUCAGAGGUUCUAGUUGAAGUACAAAGAUAUAUAAGAAGACAUAUAGAAAAUACAUGGUUGCCAAUGUUCCUGGCCACACCAGAGUUUGCUGAGAGACACAGCAUGCAGGUACAAAUGCAGGAUGUGUUGGAGGACCAUAUGUUGCAGCAGAGUAAGAAGAAGUGGGAAAUAGGCAAAUUUAUGAAUAAUAAAUGGAUUUCCACAUCAAAAGAAAUCGUGGUGUUCCGUAAAGCUUUGCUAAAUCCAGUAACAGCCCAACAAUUUCAACAGUUUGUGUCAUUCAAAGGAGAAUUAAUGGAGAAUAAUGUUCUUUUCUGGCUUGAGGUUCAAAAAUAUAAGGACAUGUGCCAUUCUAAAGCAACUGAUGAAAGCAUUCAGAAUAAGAUCAAAUCCAUCAUUAAUUGUUUCAUCAAUUCCAACGUCAUGCCACCUUUGCAGAUUGAUAUUUCACAAGAGUGUGCAGAUAAGAUUGUAAAUGACAUGGAAAAUCAGGGAAUAUAUAUCUUCAGAGAAGCACAGAUGGCAGUUUUUGAUAUUCUCUUCAAACUCUGGCCAGACUUUACAAACUUCCGACGGAGUGUUGCUGAUGAAGGCAGCCUACAAAACAUAGAAAGCAGAUUAAGAAACAAGUGA